GUCUUCAAUCACAUUUCUGAUGAAACAUUUGAAGGAAACACUGUCUGGAUCUUGGCUAUUCUUUUCUUUAAAAUGGGAAGUCAUGCAAUGGACAAGUUAGUAUUGGAAACUUUAGAAGAGCGAGGGAGUCUUGAAACAUUUGAAUUCGCCAAAGAACUCGGGAAAGACCAUCAAGCCAUUGUUGGAAGUGUAAAAAGUAUUCAUGCUCUUGGAGAUGUAAGUGAACGUACAGUGCACAUUUCCGUCUGUUAUCUACAGUGGGGCAAGCGUAUUGUUUAUGUUUCGAAAGCUAUUCUAAUAUAAAAGCUUCCAGACUAAGAAAAAACUUUGUACUCCCCGGGAAGGAUCUCUGGAUAUUGUGUGAGGGAUCAAGCAUGCGAAUCAAAGAACUUAGAUUUAUUGAAUUCGAAACUGGAUCAUUAUUAUAGUUCAUGCGAUCAAUAACGGGCAACUACACAAUACGGGGCUAUAAACGGAAGUGGCUCAGUGGCUCGCUAGUUCCCGGAGUGUUGAUCUGGCGCCAGUUGUUCAAAGGGUAGCUAACAAUAUCUGACAUAUACAUCUCUAUCCACUGGAUAGCACAAUUAUUGGUUUCCUAACACUUAUCCGCUGGAUGGUGAUUUGAGGUUGGAUAGCACUAUUCAAUAUUUGAACAACUUUUUACCUGUACUAGCCUGCAGAAUAACUUAGUCCGGUAGAGAAUCCAUGGGUGCAUGGUAUGGUGUUCUAUAGUAUAUGGUGGCAGACUUUCAUUCUAAAAAAAAACAAGGCACCUAUUAUUUGAAGAAAGGAAGAUCAUCGUACCAGAAACGCUCCUACUUACUUCAUCUGUUCCACUGAUUUCGCACCACCCACAGCCUUCCUAUCUAAGGUCAGGAAAGUGGUGAAACUGCUUUUAGUGGGGGACUACAAUUCUGCAUUGCUUCCCCUCCCUUUGUUUACAAGAAACAAAAUAAAAUAUGUUAUUCGUGCAAAAAGUUCCCCAUAACCCCCCGCCACACCCACCCACCCACACACACACACUUCCAAUAUACAUUUGUAGCAACAGUUCCUAGAAAAUCAUGGCUGUCAGAAACAUUUGAUCCCAUAUCAAAUCUCAGAAGUUUUGCCAGUGAACUCCUAGUCUGUUUUUUUUUUUUUCUUCCUGUCGUAGAAUCGUGAACUUUUGUCAUUAAGUGAUGGAUUUUUAAUGUACCCAUGGAGCAGAAGCUCCCAGGGAUGUAUAGUUCUAGUGCUUGUAAAAGCAUUGAAAUUUCCCAGACACAGCACAAAGGGAGGAUGAUAAACAAUACUUUUUCUUUAUAUAUUAGGUAAUAAAUGUAGAACAGCGUCAAGCAGAAGGCUGGGUUCUAACAGAAGAAGGAAGUGAAGUCAUGGAACAGGGAAGCCACGAGUUUUUAGUAUUCCAAGCUAUUCCACCUGAAGGCUUACCCCAGUCAGAAAUCAAGGUACAAGGUUGUAUGUGGAGUUGAAAUAUUAAGGACGAUUUUUUUAUAAGAUCACGACAUUUUAUUUUUGGUGAUCAUUAUUCAUGCACUUUCUUAUUCCUGCCAAUAUGUUACCUUGGCUAAGAAGUGAGGUUAUGAGGAAAAGUGAAAAGUUAGGGGAGAGUGUGGUCCAAAACCAACAAGACUGCAAUAAUGUUUUGAAAUUUACCAAAUUUUUAAAAACCUUUUCCAUGUACAUUUAACAUCAAAUUGAGGACACUAACGUGAGACAACUGUUCUUACACAGCUUACUGAAGUUGGAACUGGCAUUUCUAUAUGGUCAGACAAGCCAUAUUAUGGAAAGGUCUAGUACAGGCAGUGUCUUCUCUACAGUAAUCUUAAGACCAUGAGUAUUGCUCUGGUUUGGGGAAUUGAAACCGGAACUUCCUGCUCAAUAGAAUAGUGCUCUACGAACUGAGCUAAUCCUGCCACAGAAAAUUAUCUUUGGAUCUCAAAAUCUCAAAAUUGUUUUGAUGAGUGUUGAAGUACAGUUUUUUGAGUUCUCUUUGUGUUAACAGAUUUUUGAACCUUCCAAUGCAAGUCUCAGUUUUUAAGGAAGGUCUCAGCUUAUCAGAUUCUACCAUUCACCACUCCUCUUAGAUGGGCUCUCGGACAGGUGUAGCUUGGUGUAUUACGCUGGUUGCAGUUAUUAUUCCAUAAAUAAAUCUACAUCAGUAAUGUUGUUUAUUAACAGCAUUAUAAACAGUUUAAUGUGUCCUGCCUUUACUUUUGUUUACUAUUGUUGAUAGAACCUUGGUCCACAUGCUAAUGUUGGUUUCAGUAAAGCCAUGUCAGCUGGGUGGCUUCAGGUGGAUAAAAGUGCUGAAGGAGGACCCAGGGUAAAAAGAAAGGUGAGGAAAGAGCUACAGAGCUUAAAGGGGCUGUGUCAUGGUAGUCCAGUCCAUUUUGGUUAAUUUUGCCAAUUACGGUACUCGCCCUCAAUUGCCAUGGAACUUAAAGUAAGCAAAGAAAUUAUAUGUAAAUGACAAAAUCAAAAAUUCGAGACAAACAAAUAUGUCUCCUGAGCAUUAUUUUUGAAGUUGCUAGCAGCAGGGAUCAACUUUGAAAAACUGUUACGCUGAACAGUUUUCAAAAACCUAAUUUCAAUCCGUUUCAAUCUUCUUCAGUUUUGCCCAUCCGUGGCAUUUUUUGUUUCUGUUAUGUUAUUUUAACCUUCCUUUAAAGUUGUAAGUGGUUAUUUUUAUGUUUCUCUUAAUUUAACAGGCAUUUUGUAAUUUCCAAAUUUGGCUGAAUUUCAUGACACAGCUCCUUUAAGUAAUCUUAAAACUCAUUGCCAGUAACUAGAUACCAUUUGUGUGGCAGGAAGCACCCAAAAGGCUAGAUUAUAAAAAUGAAUUUUAGUGUAGAGAUUUUUCUUGGAUAUUAACUCUUUUCUGUUCUAUUGUAUGUGUUAAAUAAUGAUUUUGUGUUUGUUAGACUGAGAAGGUACAAGAUGAUGUGCAAGUUGCAUUGACGAAGAUAAGGGAUCAUCAAUUGUCAGAAAUCUCUGACUCCAAGAUGAAGGAAUUUAAGAAAAGGAAACUUAUUAAAACACAGUGAGUAUAAAUAUUUGCAGUGAAGGGUGUCAAAGUGGCACAGAGAGGUAAAGGAGAUAAAACACAGUAACUCCAUCCUUUGUUAAUGCAUUUUUAUUGGACAUCUGCUGUAGACACAACACAGUACAUGUAACUCUUUCCCAGGUCAGUGUUUUACUGGGGCAUCAUAUCUGUGGCAGAAAGUACAUAUGUAAACACAGGCAUGGAAGCUGAAAGUCUCACCACCUGUCAAUGAUGAAUUUAAUAUUUUGUCGGCACUCAAUUUUUCGAUGUAUUCUCCUACAGCUCUCAGCUGUUACAUGUGUAAGUGGAGGAAAGAGAUUCAGUAGAGUGUAGGCAGUGGCAGUAGUUUUUUUCUAGGACCUGACUAGUGGGUGUCUUGAGGUAAGAGGUUUUGUCUCUGCCUGGCAACAACCAAAGUGGGUUAUCUGUGCAUCUGUUCCAAUGAAAUUCCAGUUUUAUCUUGACUAUGACUUACUUAAAAUAAUCUUUACAAUAGUCCAUAAAACAAUAUUAUUGACAGUGGAUGCUUGGUUAGUAUCCAUUGAAAGCAAGCUUAGUUAAACUUGAAUUUUUUUUAAUGGACAAGACAACUUUUGUUGUGCUGUACGUGUAAUUUUAGCUUCCUGUUGCCAGAAAAUAGCAAUGUGCCAGUGAUCAAUAUUUCAGUAGUGGUUUAUCAUUAUUUUUAGGGUUAUCAAGAGCUUUUAUGUAACAAGAGGAAGUGACUUUAGUACAUCACCUACCAAGCUUGAAGCUGAUUUAACAGCAGACAUGUUGGCAAGGUUUGUAUCCCUCAACCCAAAUAUAUUUUUUGUAACUGUUGAACUUUUCAACCAAUUUUGUUGGGCAGAAGAGCUCUGAGUUACUUUUACAUGCAAUUUUGAGGUCUGUCUAAUGAAAGAGGGAUCUGUGUAGGGUGAACCCAUUUUGUGAGCAAAUUUUAAAAAAAUUGUAUCUGUUAACAACAAUGUACAGGGCUCAAAAUAAAAUUUUGGACAGUGGCCGGUCAUUUGGACUAGCCAAAAAAGUUUAGCUCAGUCGUGGCUAGCCCUCAUUUCUGGCUGGACAUCAGUUGUCCAUUGACCAGCCAUUAUUUUUAGCCCUGUUGUAACUGAUACAUUAUGUUGCAGUGGUUCCUGGAAAGAAAAGAAGUUCAAGGCCUACAACUUUGAUGCUCAAGGAAUUAUGCCAACUUCAGGUCACCUUCAUCCUUUAAUGAAAGUUAGGGCUCAAUUUAGACAGAUCUUCUUGGAAAUGGGGUAUGCUGUAAUAAUAAUAAUGAUAAUAACCGACAAAAAAAAUCCAAACUAUUUGAACAGUAUGAUACUGACAGUCAUUGGAAAUUAUAUUGAAUAUGUGUGGUGGUUGACAGGUGUAAUCAUUCAUUUUCUUGAAUUUUUACUUUAAAUAUAAAGUAUGAUUUGUGUUGUUUUUGUGUAUUGCUGUAAUCCACAUGUUGUUGUCUUUUCGCUGUUCUUCAAAUUCUCAGUGUCUCAGUAUUCUACAGUUCAAGUUAAUUAGCUUUCACAUGUCGAAAUCGGCUCGUCUCUUUCACUUCUACAUUUCGAGGAUUAAUAGUGUGAUUUACAGAAUGAUUCGCUGAAAAAGGAAAAACCAAAAUAUCCUGAGAAGAUAUUCGCUCAAAGGAUGAAAAAAAACCCUUAGAAAAAAACUACUUACACUAGCGUGAAUCUCCGGGUCUUCGUUUCUAAAUCUGAAUGUCUUCUGCUCAUGUCCACUGCUAGCUCAAACUGAAUUUUUAAAUAUAGUACUAGAAUGCAAAAUACCCUUAGGGAAUCCAAGGGACGCAUUGCCAUCGGCAACGGAUUUAAUUCAUAACACCAUAAGGUAUUUUUAAUAAAAGUAAAAAAAUAAUUCAUUGAUUAAAUGAAUAAGAAUUAAUAAUAAUAAUAAUAAUUUUGUUUUCAGGUUUACUGAGAUGCCUACAAACAACUUUGUGGAAAGUUCCUUUUGGAAUUUUGAUUCUUUGUUCCAACCACAGCAGCACCCGGCCCGUGAUGCACAUGACACAUUUUUCAUGGCAGGUCAGGGAUAUACAUGCUUUGUUGAUACCUUUUCCUACAAUUUUGGACAAAAAGUGUUAAGAAUUUUGCACUUUCUUACCCACAGUAUACCUAUCCCACAGAUUUAGUACUGCUAUGUUGUUCAGUUGAGGUCAGAAAUUAUCGUGUCGCUGCCACCCAUAUUGCUCUACUCAGUUUUGGGUGUGUCGCUGCCACCCUUAUUCAUGGGCAAAUUGAAUAGUUCACUUGCAUGCUUGCAGUGAAUUUGAACUGUAUUGUUUGUUUUAGAUCCCAAGUUUGCUAAGUUAGAGGAGAUGCCACAGUCAUACAUUGAAAAAGUAAAAGCCAUGCAUGAGUCUGGAGGGCAUGGCUCACAAGGGUAAGUACAGUCAGCAAAAAUCCCACACACAUCAUAUACUGUAAAUCCUCUAUUAAGCCCCCCGGGGGGCUAAUUUAUUUCAAGCCCAUUUGAGGGGGGGCUUAAUGGAGACGGGGGGCUUAUUUGAGACAGGGGGCUUAUUUAAUUAAGAAAUGAUGAUGGUAUCAGUUGUCCAUAAAGAACUAGAAUACAAAGAAGUUUUAGGUCAUACAGCCAAGGAUCAGAAUCAAAUCCGAACUUCCAGUUGGUAAAUAAACCAUCCGGUAUCUGCCUGAUUUCAGCUGUCAUAGGACAGCACAAUAGGACAGUAUGCAUCAUGCGUAAAUAAUAAUAAUAAUUAUUGGACAGAAUGCACUAUUGCCCGCACACUUGAAUGUUUUUUUCUUUAUUUUAACUUCUAACAGAAAAACCUUUGGAAGAUCUUGUGUUUUGAUUCUAAAAACUCUUAAAUUAUCACAAAUUUUGUUUAAUAGCUCCCCCUAAAAUCUUCAACUGGCCUAAGAAUCCAUUAGGCCAAGGGCAUCGGAUGUGGCCCUCCAGACUGCCUCUGAUAUAUAAUUCUUAGAAUGAUGAUUUAGUAUUUUAACAUUUAUGAUAGAUAGUACGUUUAUAAUUUGUUAAUAAUAUUAUAGAUAUCAAUAUGAAUGGGAGCUUGAGGAGGCCAAGAAGAACAUUCUCAGGACACACACAACAGCUGUUAGUGCAAGAAUGCUGUAUAAACUUGCCCAACAGGUAGUGAAUUUUUUUUUCGUAUUGUAAACAAAUGAAGCUUAUAAAAUUGUGUCUAUUUUUCGGUUCAAUAGACCUAUUCGGCUAACUCAAUGUUGUACCCAAUUCAAAUCUCCCGGGGAUAAGAUUCUUUGUGUAUUGUAUUUGCAUUAUAAUGUGGCAUUCACAUUUAAAUGAUAUGGAAAUUCCUGAAACAAAACAUUUUAUUCCCAAAGGGUUUGAAUUGGGUACAACAUUGAGUUAGCUGAAUAGGUCUAUUUUUUAUUUGUAGUAUAUUCUUCACCAUUAGAGAGCGUUAGAUUUUAAGAUGAGAAAGACUAUGAGUACAAGAUUUUCUCAAUACUAAGUAGAGCGUGCACAUGAACCAGCAUCAUUUUGGUUGGAAAAUGUGGUAGCCAUCAUCACUCUACUAUGAGUUUUAGCGCGAGUGUCGUAGUGGUGGGAACAAGUUAUCAAAUGUUAGAAGUUUUAGCAUUUUGCAAUCGGGAGAGGGCUCUGAACCUCCUUCAAUAAUGAUAACAGUGCUAACUUUUUUGGUGAAAAAAGUACAGUGAAGAUUCCCGGGGUGUUUAUUUUUUGACAAUGCACGAAAAAACUUAAAAUCAAAUCUGGUACUCAUCCUCAAAUCUAAAGGUCUCUAUUCUUUUAAAUGACUGGUAGUAAAUUUGAUAAUUAUUUUGAAUUUAAGGAAAAAUUCACACCAGUCAAGUACUUCUCAAUUGAUCGAGUGUUCCGCAAUGAAACUCUUGAUGCCACUCAUCUAGCAGAAUUCCAUCAAAUUGAAGGUGUUGUCGCUGAUUAUAACUUGACCCUGGGAGAUCUGAUUGGAAUUCUCUAUGAAUUCUUUAAGAAACUAGGUGAGUGUAUCUCUUUAUUGCAGUAGCAGAUUGUGUGAUGUACCAAUUGCAUUAUUCUUUCAAAACAAAGUAAGUGAAAAGUGGUUUGAUCUUUUCAGUUGACUACCUUAAAAUUCCGAAAAUAAGCCCUGGGGCUUAUAUUUUUCAAAGGCCCUCUUUGAGGGGCUUAUAUUCGAAGGGGCUUAUCUACGGAGGAAAAUUUGUGUUUCAAAAUCAAUUGGGUAGCCUUAUAGUUGGAAGUAAAUUUAUCAUUUUUGUCUUGUUUUACUUUGUAUUUGAGGGCAGCUUUUCCAAGUACAAGCCCCCAGGAGGCUUAUAUUUGGAGGGGCGAUUUAACGGAGGGUUUUUUGCAUUACGAGUUUGGGAGGCUUAUACAUGGGGUGGAGGGGCUUAUUUUCGGAAUUUUACGGUAUUACACAAUGGACUUGUUUUUGUUCAGGUAUUACAAAACUAAAGUUCAAGCCUGCCUUCAACCCUUACACUGAACCAAGUAUGGAAGUGUUUAGCUACCACGAUGGUAAGAAAAUUUAUCAUUUUUAGGAAUUUCAUUUAGCACAUAGCAAAAUAACAAAUGUUAUUAAACUAAUAUGCCAACAGGAUACAUGCUUCACAUUGAUUUGUUUGCCUGCGUGCCUUUUGUUGUCACUGUUUUUUAAGCUGUGCGUAGUGGUUAACAAUAAAUUAAUCCCCUCUUUCAUUCCUACCUUUGUUUAGUCAGUAGGAGUAAACUUAUGCAAGGUCAUUUUAUAGACUAAAACUUGUCCCCUAUUUUCGUUGAUGAGGGACAGUAAAGCAAUUAAAAUACUCUGGCAUGUGGCAAAUUGAUUUUCCUGUUUGCUCAACUAUCCCUGAUAAUCAUUUUACCCACUCAAAUGUGUGAGGAGAAUACAUCUAAUGACUUUUACUAAGCAAGUGUGCAGGUAUUUGAGAAUGAAGGACAAUUUUCCAGUGAGAUUAAGAUUCCAAAUCAACUUUAUUUCAGGCCUGAAGAAAUGGGUGGAAGUAGGAAAUUCUGGAGUUUUUAGGCCUGAGAUGUUGUUACCAAUGGGAUUACCAAAAGAUGUUGCAGUCAUUGCCUGGGGACUUUCAUUAGAAAGGUAAGAGUUCAGUCUGUCAAUACUCUCAACCAUUUUUUUAAGGAAUGUAUGGGGAUCAUUCUGGAGAAUUAGCAUGAGAAUAUGGAGAAAUUGCCUUCGCUCGUGUUGGCCCCUCACUGUGGAACACUCUUCCUUCAGCUGUCAGGAGUACCCGAGGUGUUAGGGUGUUAACCAAACUCUAAAUUGAAGACCUUUUUGUUUUGUUUGGCAUUGCCCAAUGAACCAAUUCUUGUACAGUAAUUAAAUUGUAGUGUUUUAUUUCCAUUUUCUCAUAAAAAGUGUACUGUUUGUUGUGUGUUAGUGCUAUAUAAAAUGAAUUUAUUAUUAGUAGUAUUAUUAUUAUUAUUAACUGAGUUCCUACAAGAUAGCUCAUCAAGCAUUUUUUUCUUUGUAGACCGACUAUGAUCAAGUACAAGAUCUCCAAUAUCAGAGAUUUGAUAGGCCACAAAGUGGAUCUUGAAAUGGUUCACAGGAACCCCAUUUGCCUUCUGGAGAAAGCAUGA